UCACAUCCGUUGCCACCACAUCUGAGACACUAGAACAGUCUCACCACAAUGCGUCACUCUUGUGAGAGCUAUUACUGACAGAAUAAUCUCCAGUCUUCCAAAGCCUUUUGACCCCAAAUUUGCCAACUUGCGUAGAAAAUCAGCUGCCAAUCUCCACUUGGAUAUCUCGAAUUUUCGAAACUCAGCUAAUUAUAUUACCACACGUACAUGCAAUACGUAGUAGAAGAACCCAGUCCUCGGAUCUCAUUUCAUGCUAAAUCUGUUCAAGUGCUCAGAGUUUUCCAGAAGAUGAUGACCUCAUAGCAAAACCUGAGCUUGCCCAGUUCAUAUUUCGAGUUAAAGUUUCAAGCUUUGGGAUUUUGGUGGUGUUUGCCGAGAUGGGUUGGAGAUAUAAUGCAGGGUUGGGGUUGAUUGGCACCGUUGUGUUCAUAUGGGUUGCCUCUGCAGAGAUUACUCAGAGAAUUUUCGCAGACUAUAAACAGCCAUUUGCGCUCACUUAUUUGGGGGUGUCUCUUAUGGGGGUCUAUCUACCCAUUGCAGCUCUUAGAGACUGGAUCUGCAGCUUACUGAAAUCAAAUUCAAAUAAGAACCUUUGCAAUGACUGGAAUGUUGUGGAUACUUCAACUGGACUUGUUACCCCUCUUAGAAUCAAUGAAAGGCACCACAGACCAGAAAAUGGAAACGGCCUAGUUACUGACAAGGAUCUCAGUGAAAGGGAAGAGGGGUGGUCUUUGGUAGCUAAGAGUGAGGAAGAUGAGCCUCACUUGCUUGAACAAAGUCGUGAACUUAAUUCAUGGGAUAUUGCCAAAUGUAGCUUAUAUCUUACUCCAAUAUGGUUUGCAACAGAGUAUUUAUCGAACUCUGCACUGGCAAAUACUAGUGUUGCAAGUACUACUGUCCUGACUUCUACAUCAGGGUUGUUUACGCUUUUCUUUGGAGCUCUUCUCGGGCAGGAUUCAAUAAAUAUCACAAAGGUUGUUGCUGUUUUUAUCAGCAUGGCUGGUGCUGCCAUGACAACAGUUGGAAAAACUUGGAUACCUAGUGAACUGAUGAGCAUCUCUGAAACUAGAAAGCACUCUAUCAUGGGGGACAUUUUCGGUCUUCUCUCAGCAAUAUCAUAUGGCUUAUUUACAGUGCUGCUGAAGAAAUCUUCUGGAUCAGGAGACAAGGUUGAUGUGCAAAAGUUCUUUGGCUACAUUGGUCUCUUCACUCUCCUUGGUCUUUGGUGGCUUGUGUGGCCUCUCAAUGCUGUGGGGAUUGAACCUCUGUUUAAGUUUCCUCAUUCAAUAUCUGUCGAGGAAGUUGUGCUGUUAAAUGCCUUUGUGGGAAGUGUUCUGUCAGAUUAUUUUUGGGCCCUUUCUGUUGUGUGGACGACUCCGUUAGUUGCAACAUUAGGCAUGUCACUGACAAUUCCGAUCGCAAUGGUAGCUGACAUGGUAAUACAUGGUCGUCACUACUCUGCAAUCUACAUCCUUGGAUGCAUCCAGGUAUUUGCAGGAUUUGUCUUGGCAAACCUUUCAGACAAGUUUUGGAGUAAAGAAGAAUCAUAGCAACCACGUAUAAAUUUAAGAGAAGCAGAUAACUGUAUAUAGACUUGAUCUACGUGAUAUACAAACUGCAUACAAGUAAAACAACAGAAGCACGCAUCGAUUGUCUUCCUCUUGUAGCAUGACCAUCCCUAACAUGCAAUUGUGAGAUCAGAGUAGCCUGUUGUUAUGAGAUAUGCUGUGCUUUGAUUUUUCCUUUUUCUUUUUUCUUUUUUUCUUUUUUUUUCUUCUUAAUUGUUUUUCUUUUAUUAUCUAACAAAUUACCAUUAGGCGGUUUAUGGGACUUGUUUUGCUCAGCACGUAA